AUGGUUGGUGGAAGAACUGCUGAUUUGGCCCCCACGGCCACUGUCAAGAUCUUUUCUGCUGGAACAGCUGGCUGUGUGGCCGACCUGGUCACUUUCCCCCUGGACACAGCCAAAGUCAGGCUGCAGAUUCAAGGUGAAUCCAGGCCCUCAUUGGAAGGCCAGAGGGCGAAAUACAGAGGUGUGUUUGGCACCAUCUUCACCAUGGUGAGGACUGAGGGGCCGAGGAGUCUGUACAGUGGACUGGUGGCAGGUCUGCAGAGACAGAUGAGUUUUGCCUCAGUCCGCAUCGGCCUUUAUGACACCAUGAAGCAGAUCUACAGCAGGGGGUCAGAAAAUACUGGAAUCGGGACUCGGCUGCUGGCUGGCUGCACCACAGGGGCAAUGGCGGUAGCCUUUGCUCAGCCCAUGGUGAAAGUCAGGUUCCAGGCUCAGGGUCAGCUGCCUGAGAGCGGCUCUGUGAAGAGAUACAGCAGCACUAUUGAUGCCUAUAAAACCAUUGCCAGGGAUGAGGGGGUGAAAGGGCUCUGGAAAGGUUGUCUGCCAAACAUAACUCGCAAUGCCAUCGUAAACUGCUCUGAACUCGUCACCUAUGACAUCAUCAAGGAGCUCAUCCUGAAGUACAAUCUGAUGUCAGACAACAUGCCGUGUCACUUCACAGCAGCCUUCGCAGCAGGUUUCUGCACCACUAUUGUAGCGUCCCCGGUGGAUGUGGUGAAAACACGCUACAUGAACUCAGUGCCUGGCCAGUACAAUGGUGCUACUAACUGUGCCUUAACCAUGCUGAUUAAUGAGGGACCCACAGCUUUCUAUAAGGGCUUUGUGCCCUCAUUUCUUCGUCUGGGCUCCUGGAACAUAGUGAUGUUUGUAAGUUUCGAGCAGAUUAAGAGAGCUGUGGUGAAAUUUCAGCAGGCCUAGCAAUCUCCACUCUGA